AUGAAUAACGAUAAUUCAAACGUGGUUUGUACAGAAAUUUCUCUUUUCACCACCGAGCACCGGAAGGAACAGGAACUACACUUGCUUAAAUAUGCUCUUCUUUUUAAAGAAAACACAGCUGAAGCACUGGGUCCUUUGGAUCAACCUCCGCUAAAGACAGUGCAUGUCCCGUUUUUUGUAAGCAGAGAACGAAUUGCAGACUCUGGUGAUUGCUAUGUUCUUUUACAAGGAGACCAACAGGGUGAAUCUAAAAUCGACAGAUUUGGUAAACUUUUGGGAAACCGUCAUUUUCUAUUCUCUUCUUUUUGUUUGAGUAGUAGGCCAAGACAAGUGUAUGUGCUACUAGGAGAUCUGUUGAAGUGUCUUGGCGUCAGUCUGAGCUGUGAGCAGUUUUUACAGCAGCAUCAGCAGCUUUUAGGAGUUCCUGCAAGUCCCGAAGAAGUUGUGGCCCUUAAACAGGCCAAUUUGAUAAGCGGGAUUGAAAGCGACCAGCCGAGUCUGUUUGUCACGGCAAAAUCUGUUUUCAUGCUCUUUGGGGCCCGUGUCAUUCUCGGCGGCGCAAGACUCGUGGACGAUUAUUGGGAGGAACUCGCCAAAGAGCAGGGGUUUUCACCACAUUCUCGUGUCUUCUUCAUGAGUGCCAAGAUCCUUAAAACUCUGGAGCAACUCAAACCUACGGUACAUGCUGACGAUAAUAAGGAUAUUGAAGAAAUAUCGUCUGAACCCCCAUAUGUGGUUAUCUCAGAACAGAUGUCGCCUCAAGUAAGGCAAGAAUAUGCUCGCCAACUGGCACAGGGAGAGCGCCAAGAGUUGAUUAUACCUGGUCAAAAUAUUGUCGGUUCGCUCGAGCUGAGCGCACAGUCUAAACUUCCGAAGUACCACAGCAAGAUCUCGCUGCAAGCAGCUACCCAAAUGGGAAUACAUGAUACUCCAAUAGGCACGAUGCCACUUGUACCAACGGCAGCAGGAGCACCUUCCCAUUCCGAGAAAAUAGAAAAAGAGUCUGCUGAUAACAAACGAGAUGCUUUGGUAAUAGCCAAAGUUGAUAAAGGUGGUUUGACACAAUGGGUAAACUCGGGAAUAGUUGCUCAGGAUGUAUCUUUGAAUAUUAACGGGUGGAAAUUCGACUCUCUCCCUGUAAAGUCGACCGACAAUGAGGAUUUGAAAUUUUCCAUCAAGGGCUUGCCUCUCUAUGAUAGCACGAAACUAGCAGAGCGCCUGAAAAGACUAACACCCAGUGAGAUAAAUGAAAUGCAACAUAUUCACGAUGCUGUCUACCUGAAUACAAAACUUCAGAAUGCCAGAAAAAUCAGAAAGACGAGAUGGACAAAAUACUGGCAGCACAAAGCAGGAUUGCCCAUUGGCUUAACCGAUCAACAAUGUGGUCGUGCUUUGGAUAAAUACUUUGAAGAAGCCGCUAAUCACGUCGACGUAGUACGAAGCGUAAACACCGCUUUGGGCAAAGAGGAAGUGAAAUAUAUGAGGAGGAUACCUAAUGCGAAUUAUAAGGGCCACUGUAAUAUUGCAGGCGUAAAGCCGCCCUACAUAAAUGAAUGA